GCAACAAUGACUGAAAUAAGGAAGGACUUACCAAAAACACCAUGUUUAAUAGGUUUUAGGGAAUCCAGACUGUAUGCAAGUAAAUACAUGCUGUCUAUUGAUGGUGUUAUUGUCAACGAGGACAUUGCCACAUUUGCUGCUGGUCUUGCUAUGCUGUUUGCAAGCUACUAUAACUUGAACAUCAUGUACCCUGCAGAAUGUGCAUCUACACUGGAAUUCAUUCAAAGGUGUUUUGUCCGCAUCAACCCUGACAGGUGUAGCAAAGUGGAGAUUAAGAAGAAUUCCAAGAGGUAUUCUCAAAUUCAUCCCAAAGUUCUGAGUUUGAUUAAUGGCCUUGCUGAUGUGGAUUGGAGGAGUUAAGGCCACAAAAGUGUGGUUAUAUGGUUUUGAAGGUUUUGUUUAAUUUUUUGGUUGUGAUUAUUAUUUCAGUUAUGAAAUUUAAAGGAAUAUUUUGAAAGCUGUUUUUAGGAAUUUUUGUCUCAUGGAAGUUACUCUUUAUAAUUUCAUGUGUUGAUGAGAUUAAUUUCUUUUCAAAAUCUUCAUAAGGAAGUACUAGAAGUUUCUCAGCAGUUGGUGUCAUGGAGGCUUAGCGUUUCAAAACGUCAUAUUUUUACACAUUCACUGCAAUUCUCUUUACAUUUAGAGAGAUGUUUCCCCACAUGUAAUAUGGAGCAUUUUGUACUUUUAUAUAAUCUGUGAUGUUAACAUUUCAUACUCAGGAAAGAUCUGAUCAGUUUCCGCGUAAGUGGAUUUUUAAUAGUUGCCGUCAUGGGAGAAAUCUCAGCAAAAUGGCUUUUGUACCUUAAAAAUAAAAUAUUACUUAUCA